CCAAUGACCAAAGUAUAGGUACCUAUAUUAUAAUAUUUAUCUGCUCAUCCUAUAUUAGUAGAUACUUAAAUCUUUUCAUAUUUCCAAUUUCCUGCCUAUUUCUAAAUUCAUUUUCAUUCUUUAUACGCACAUAUUCAUAGAAUUACCAGGUGUCGAAUAUGAGGCCAAUCAAGGCUUUGCCGUACCCAGAUUGUUGGGAUAGCACUGAAGCUUAUGUCGAACAACUCCUGAAAUUUGCAACUACAUCAAACACUUUUCAGGUAUUCUGUGGAGGCGUACACAUCUUAGACUUCUUCACAAACGAGCCAGGACUUUUCCAAACAAUUUUACCACAAGAUUGGCAGCCAUAUAUCCUGCAAUGCAAGCCCAUGGAGUUUCUAGAUCUCCUUAUGAGAGACAACUUAGACGAAAUCCAAGAUCCUCAACUACCUGACAGUCUAGUUAAGUAUAUUAAGGAUAUACGAAGGCUUUCGUUGGCGCGGGAGUUCUCAAGCAAAGAGAAGCUUCCUAAGCUAACACGUAUGGUGUCCGUUGGCAUGAAGCCAAAGAAAGUUCACGAAGUAAGAAACUUCGCAAAUUACGUGGACACACUCGCCAAGGAUAUUUCCGUCGAGUAUAAAAAGGAUAUCACUCAUUUUGUUGAUUUCGGAAGCGGCCAGAAUUAUCUAGGAAGAGCGUUAGCAAGCUCUCCUUAUAACAGGCAGAUUAUAGCAGUAGAAGGUCGGGAACGCAAUAUAGUGGGUGCAAAAGAGCUUGAUAUGCUCGCAGGUAUCUCCGAGAAGCGAAAGGUUAUUCGGAAUAAGAAAUUGUGGAUGCAGAAGCUUGACGGCACGAGCACCGAAGACCAAUUAGACGAGAAGGCUGAUCCCGCCACAAAUUUAGGCGAGUACGUACCUGAUUUUAGACCACGAAGUGAGGUUGGAACGGUCUACAUGCCUGAGGAGGGGAAAGGCUUCAUACGAUAUAUUGAGGGAAGACUAGAAUCAGGAGACUUGACAGAUGUCAUCAGCCAACUUGAACAUGACCCUCUUGCCGCGGAAACCGGACGAGGCGACCCUAGUCUAAUGGCUAUAUCUAUCCAUUCCUGUGGCAAUUUGUCGCACCAUGGUAUACGGUCUCUGAUUCUCAAUCCACGAGUCCAAGCUAUUGCUAUCGUCGGUUGCUGCUACAACCUGAUGACGGAAAAGUUAGGGCCACCUACGUACAAAACUCCAUAUAUGAGACCAAGUCUCCAAGCUCUCAACGGUCGGGUGGUCAGGGAGUCCGAGAAACGUGACCCGCAAGGGUUCCCGAUGAGUGAUCGCCUCUGCAACUACAACGAUGCUGGAGUCCGGCUUAAUAUUACGGCUCGGAUGAUGGCAUGUCAGGCACCGCAAAACUGGUCCGAGACUGAGAGUGAUGCCUUUUUCACACGACACUUCUACCGCGCCGUUCUACAAAAGAUGUUUCUUGACCGAGGGGUCAUCACUAAGGUUUACCAUAACAGCGAACUCGAGGAAAAUGGUAACCCGUCCCAGAGUCCGUUCAACAUGAGUACCAACCCCGUCAUCAUCGGCUCACUCCGGAAGUCGUGUUAUAAGACAUUCGGGUCAUACGUGAGAGGGGCAAUUAAUAAGCUAACUACAAAUUCGGAGUAUCACGAAUAUUGUGACAUAAUUAGAGAGAAAAUGGUUGACGUCACAGAUGAAGAAAUUGCGAGAUAUGAGGAGUUGUAUGGACCACGCAAACGGGAACUCAGCGCCAUCUGGAGCCUCAUGGCUUUUAGUGCUGUGGUUACCGAAUCCUUAAUCGUGACCGACAGGUGGCUGUUUCUCCAGCAGCAUUCCGACCUAGUACAAGAUAGCUGGGUAGAGGCAGUAUUCGAUUAUCGCGAAAGCCCUCGGAACCUGGUUGUGGUUGGAGUCAAACGCCCGAUCUCUUGA